AUGGCUCAUCAAUACUGGACGGCAUGGUUGAGUAUCGUGUACAUACACCUUGCGGUGCUCACUACGACAUUGGCAGAUUUUACUACAGAAUGUCAGAGACCUUGUGAUUGUAGGUGGCAAUCUGGAAAUAAAGCCGCCAUUUGCUCAAACUCAAGUCUCAAAAUAAUACCUGCAAAUUUAAGCAACGAUAUUCAAAUUUUAGAUCUUUCUAACAAUAAUUUACAACAGUUACAUCAAGAGGGUUUCAAAAAAGUGGGCCUAAGUAACUUAAAGAAAUUAUUUCUCAAAGAGUGUAACAUCGAAGUGAUCCAUAAAACUGCAUUUGUAACUCUAGCAAUCAUGAUAGAACUAGACUUAUCAAAGAACAAAAUUCAGUCACUGCAUUCCGAUACAUUUAAAGGCACAGAGAAACUGAGAUUAAUAAACUUAAGCUACAACUUUAUCGAUAAGCUGGAAGACGGAAUAUUUCGCAAUUUAAAGUUCUUGCAGAAAGUAGAGGCGAGUAACAAUCGAAUACAUAGAAUAGGAACGAAAGCUUUCGUGAACUUGCCCCAAUUGAAAAUAUUGAGAUUCAAUGGCAAUAAUCUGAGCCAUAUGAAGCCAGAAACUUUGAUGGGCUUGAGAAACUUAUCUGGUUUAGAUUUACACAACAAUCCUUGGCGAUGUGAUUGUAAUCUUCAAACAUUCAGAGAUUGGGUGAUCAGUCAUAAUUUGUACACGCCUCCAACAUCAUGCGCUGAGCCACCAUCUGUACAAGACAAACUUUGGAAUGAAUUAGAUUCUACAAACUUUGCAUGCCGGCCGACAAUCCUCGAACCGUUACCAGACUUCACGGUCAAAAGUUACGACGAAAACGUGACUCUGACUUGUAAAGUAGUCGGGAAUCCGCCACCUGAAGUUGCUUGGCGCUUUAAUGGCAAAACUAUAGAGAUGAAAGCAUUUGGAGAAAUCAGGUAUAGCAUUGCUGAAAAUACAAUGGAUUUGAUACGGUGGGUAAAUCUUACUAUUAUUUAUGCUCGCUAUAGUGACAGAGGAAAUUAUACUUGCGUGGCUGAAAAUCCUGGGGGUCGAGACGAGAAAACCCUGACUCUUCUUCUCUCAAAAUAUGGAGGCGUCGGUUCAAUAGCUGGAAUGGAUACUGAUUCCUUUGCAAUCCUUGUUGGUUGUUUAACAGCCAUUGUUAUAAUUUUUGGCGCUGCAUUAGUUGUCUGUUAUUUUACUACUCAAAACAAUGAACUCAAAAGACUGAUUAAGAACGAUGCCCGUUCUUCGAAUGGAGAAGCACUAAUAGAAAACUCCGUUGGUUCUGAGGCAGAAAAGGCCUUGAAAAUUGAGGUUAACCCUGUUACUAAACCGCCUAGGAAAUAUGAAGCUCCGCCGUCCUUUACAAGUGAAGCUACAGAGAUGUCUGAAUUAAAUCGAACUCUUCUCGACAGCGAAUCUGUGUUAGCAUCUACAGAGGACAACAGCCGUCAUCAUGAAAUGGAGCCUCCAAAGAUACCCCAUGAAACUUUACUCAUGGACCGUUUAACCCAGGAUCAUCAAGCAUACCCACCAGAUCUAUUAUCAUUUCCUCUCAGAGGUCCAAAAGUUUCUCCCGCCGGGGGAACUUCUAAAAGUACGGAAAGCCCGGUCAAGAGUCCAGAAUAUGGAGUAACAGCCAUUGACCAUGCUUUAUACAGUAGAUUUCAAAGUCCUAAUUUUCCAGGUUCCAUUCCUCCUAUUACUUCUAAGGGCUACGUUACACUUCCUCGGAGACCCAGAAUGGUACCAGAAAACAAUAUUCGUCCUCAAGUUUUUUCCACAUUAAAUGGCGUCAUUCCAUACUAUGACACUUUCAAUAUGAAAUUAUUUGGUCAUGGAGCCAAUUAUUACAGUUUGAACAAAAGUGAAAUGGAUUUAGGGCCGAUGGGGAAAAUUCCCUUGUAUCAAGAUGAUGAAGAGCCAGCUCCAUCGCCAGCCCCUGGUACUCCACAUGCCACUAUACCCAGAAACAGCUUGAGCUCACCAAACAUACACAACCAACUUUUGACUUUACAGGCUAUGUCCGUUAACCAGAUGAUAAAGUCAGAGCAAAGGCCUUUAAAAGUAACUCUGGCAGAACAUGAAGGUUUCUUAAAAAACCGAGAUUUUAGAUCCGGAUAUUCUGUGAAUGUUGUAAGUGGUACUUUAGGUAGAUCAAGGACUGCGCCAAAACCGCCGCCUAAGCCUAGAAAAAAAAGUUCAUGUGAAGUGAAGGAACAGUUUUUAAUGAAUGCUACUGAUAAUGCCACCCAAGUAUAA